AUGAACCAUUCUAUCCGGUUAAACACAGCCGAAGCCAACGCCCGCUUUGCCAUAUACGUGGAACGCUUUCCCGAGAGAAAUGUGCCACUGUUCCAAUUUGAGAAGUCUGCAUCCAUUCUGUCCAACUUGGACAACUUAGCAUUAUUGGCUUUACACCACAAUGCCACAUUGGCUGUCUUAUACGCAUACAAGCCUGUUUUUCUUGACUUGAUGGCUCGAUGGGUCGAAAACCCAGCCAAAUUUGAAAAUGCCUUCUGUGAAGCUCACAAAAUUCCAUCUUCCCACAUUCCAGGCUCCAUCGUCUUCAUGGCUUUGUCCAGAGUGGUGGACUUGUAUCCCGAAUCAUGCAACCUUAUUGAGUUGUUCAUGGAGCAAAAUCCUAUCUUUCUGCGUGUUGAAGAUGCUAUUAUCACUGGCGCUGAGCCCACCUCAUUGAACAGUCCGCUUUUGGCAUUCUCUCGAGUCUACAAUGCUAAACCUCACAAGUUCAAGCAGUUCCUCUCUGUCACCACUUUGCACAAGGUGUUAGAUCUUACAACGGAGUACAGUGUGGCCAAGUAUUUGGCCAUCGGAAUGUUGGCAUCAUACUUGAAUGCUUCAGAGAUCUCCAAAGACAACAUGAUUAAAACUCACAUCCAAAAGAACUCGUUGGUCAACACAUAUGACGCUGACUACAAAAUAGACUACCAUUUUCUUGCAUUGGUGGAGGCGAAAAGACUCUCCAACCACACAAAAUUGCCUAAUGAAAUUGAAUGCCAAGAGUCUCGCUUGAUCACGAUUACAACCGGAGACCUCUCGCUGUUGGUGAUCUCCAUUUGUGGAGUUAUCGUUUCAAAUCCUUCGAGAAGCCAAAGCUCUAUCGACAACGCUGUUGAAACCAAAAAUUCCGUGCAAGUAUUAAGACAGUUAGCCCGCAACAUCCAGAACGAUAGACCAGUGAUGUUAUACGGAGGUGCCGGUUCUGGAAAAACCUUUCUCAUAAACCAGUUGGCACAAUAUUUGUCAUGUCAAGACGAGAUAGUGAAAAUCCAUUUGGGCGAGCAGACAGAUGCCAAGUUAUUAUUGGGAACGUAUACUUCUGGCGAGAAACCUGGCUCAUUCCAAUGGAGAUCAGGUGUUUUGACCACGGCUGUGAAAGAAGGAAAAUGGGUUCUUGUUGAAGAUAUCGACAAGGCCCCCACGGAAGUUUUAUCCAUUCUUCUUACAUUGCUCGAGAAGAGAGAGUUAAGCAUUCCCUCCCGAGGGGAGGUCAUCAGAGCACAUAGUGGGUUCCAGUUAAUUUCUACCAUUAGAACCCUGAACGAUGGCUCAUCCAAGGUUCCCGAUAUGAUUGGUCUUCGUUUGUGGGAGCUUAUUGAGGUCCAAACGCCUAGCGAGAUUGAACUCAGAAACAUUUUAGUGACUAAGUUCCCUCUCCUUAAGAAUCUCAUUGCAAAGUUCAUCAUUGUUUACAACAAGGUUCUCAGCAUCUACUCCAUGUCUUCGUUUAUUUCCUUGAACAAAGGCUCCCAUCCUAGAGUCAUUUCUACUAGAGACCUCAUGAAGUUUUGUUCUAGAUGUGACCGCAUGCUCAAGAAUAAGGGUAUUACCUCUCCUGACGCUCUUUUGGAAUCUCAUUUGUAUGAGAACAUUUUCGCUGAAACAGUCGAGUGCUUUGGAAGCGCCAUCACUGAACACGGUGCACUUGUGCCUUUGGUAAGUGCUAUUGGAGAAAUCUUGGAGGUCCCCACGUCAAGAAUCAAUUUAUUUCUUCAAUCUUAUGUUCCUAAUUUGCAUGUCGAUGAGGAGAAGAUUGAGAUUGGCAGAGCUGUCCUUUGGAAGUCUGCUGCCGAUAAGGCUCUAUACAUCAAGAAGAAGUCCGGAAAUGAUACCAAUUUUGCUCGUACCAAGCACUCCAAACGUUUGAUGGAGCAGAUUGGAGUUGCCAUCGAGAUGGUGGAGCCCGUGCUUUUGGUCGGUGAAACCGGUACUGGUAAAACAACCGUGGUUCAGGAAAUCGCUAAAAUCAUGAACAAAAAGUUGACUGUAAUCAACGUUUCUCAGCAAACCGAGUCAGGAGAUUUGCUUGGUGGAUACAAGCCAGUCAACACAAAGACAGUGGCCAUUCCUCUUCAAGAGGUGUUUGAAAACUUGUUCUUGGCAACAUUCUCGCAAAAGAAGAAUGCUAAAUUUUCCCAACUUUUGUCCAAAUGCUUCAACAAAAACCAAUGGAAGAAUGUGAUAAAGCUUUGGAACGAGGCAGUGAAAAUGGCCAAGGAGCUCUUGGCUAAGGUUGAAGAUUCGGACGAAGAAACUCAAGAGGGAGGACCAAAGAAGAAGAGAAAGCUUCGUUCUACUGAAAAGUCAGUUUUACUCAAAAAGUGGCUUGAGUUUAAAGAGGACGUAUCUAAAUUUGAGGCUCAGGCAAGCAACCUUGAAAGCUCCUUUGUUUUCAGCUUCGUUGAGGGGUCCUUGGUGAAAGCUGUCAAGAAUGGAGAAUGGUUACUUUUAGAUGAAAUCAACUUGGCAUCUCCAGAUACAUUGGAGAGUAUCGCAGAUCUUCUUUCCGAAAGUUUAGAACAAAGAUCGAUUUUGCUAAGUGAGCGUGGAGAUGUUGAGGCCAUCAGAGCCCACCAGGACUUCAGAAUCUUUGGAUGUAUGAAUCCUUCCACCGAUGUCGGAAAGAGAGACCUCCCAUUGAGUAUUCGGUCCAGAUUCAGCGAAAUCUACGUCCAUUCGCCCGAUAGAGACAGAGAGGACUUGCUCUCUAUCAUUGACAAGUACAUUGACAGAUACGCCGUUGGAGAUAAGUGGGUAGCAGAUGACAUUGCUGAAUUGUAUACUGAAGCUAAGAAUUUGGCUGAAACAAACAAGAUUGUUGACGGUGCAAACCAGAAGCCACAUUUCAGUAUCAGAACAUUGACCCGUACCUUGAUUUACGUUCGUGACAUUGUUGCCAUCUAUGGAUUGAGAAGAGCACUUUACGAAGGUUUUUGCAUGGCCUUUUUGACGUUGCUUGAUAUCAAGUCCGAGAAGAUUUUGCAGCCAGUGAUUGAAAAAUUCACAAUCGGCAAAUUGAAGAACGCUAAAGCGAUAAUUUCCCGUUGUCCUCCUGCCCCUUCGACUAACGAAGAUGAGUACGUCCAAUUCAGACACUACUGGAUGAAGCGUGGACCCGGUGAAGUGGGAUCUCCUAACUACAUCAUCACUCCAUUUGUUGAGAAAAACUUGCUUAAUUUGGUGCGUGCCACCGCAAGCAGAAAAUUUCCUGUUUUGGUCCAGGGUCCAACAUCGGCUGGAAAGACAUCUAUGAUCAACUAUUUGGCUAGCAUCACGGGACACAAGUUUGUGCGUAUUAAUAACCACGAACAUACUGACUUACAAGAGUAUCUCGGUACGUAUGUUUCAGAUGCAAGCGGAAAAUUGGUUUUCAGAGAAGGAGUAUUAGUGGAGGCGUUGAAAAAGGGUCACUGGAUUGUUCUUGAUGAAUUGAAUCUUGCACCUACUGAUGUUUUGGAGGCAUUGAACCGUUUACUUGAUGAUAACAGAGAGUUAUUCAUCCCCGAGACCCAGGAGGUUGUCCAUCCACAUCCAGACUUUAUGUUGUUUGCUACCCAGAACCCUCCUGGAUUGUACGGAGGUAGAAAGGUACUUUCGCGUGCCUUCAGAAACAGAUUUCUUGAAUUGCACUUCGAUGAUAUCCCUCAGGAUGAGCUCGAGAUCAUCUUGAAAGAAAGAUGUCAGAUCGCCCCAUCUUACGGAAAGAAAAUUGUGGAGGUGUACAAACAAUUGUCUCUUCGCAGACAAUCUACCAGAUUGUUUGAACAAAAGAACUCUUUUGCAACAUUGAGAGAUUUAUUCAGAUGGGCCAUGCGUGAGGCUGUUGGCUACGAGGAACUUGCUGCCAAUGGUUACAUGCUUCUUGCUGAAAGAGUCCGAAAUGACGAGGAAAAGGUAGUAGUCAAGGAAACAAUAGAAAAGGUCAUGAGGGUCAAACUUGAUAUGGACGCCUUCUACGAAAAAUUGGAGGACAAGGAGCUCAUGAGCAUGGAACUGUCGAUUGUGUGGACCAAAGCAAUGAGAAGACUUGCCGUAUUGGUCAAAACCUCUAUCCAAUACAAAGAACCUCUCUUGUUGGUUGGAGAAACCGGAUGCGGAAAGACCACUGUUUGUCAGAUUCUUGCCUCAUUACUCGGCAGACAAAUCAUAACUGUGAACGCACACCAGAAUACCGAGACUGGCGAUAUUCUUGGUGCUCAAAGACCUCUCAGGAACAGAUUUGAGAUUAGAUCCAACCUCCUCAAGAAUCUUAUCACUUUCUUCAAUAUUGCCAAGAUUGAGGUCUCUCUUGACGAUUCCAAGGUUGAAGACUUAAUUAAGAAGUACCAGCAAGUAAAGAACAAGCUUCUCGAAGAUGAAACUGUCGCUAUUGACCAAGACUUCAUCAACCAGAUUGACGAGAAUAUCAAAAACUCUACCAUGCUUUUCGAAUGGAUGGAUGGUCCUUUGAUCCAAGCUAUGAAGACUGGUGAAUUCUUUUUGUUGGAUGAGAUUUCUUUGGCUGAUGAUUCUGUAUUGGAAAGACUCAAUUCCGUUUUGGAACCUGAGAGAAGCUUGUUGCUUGCUGAAAAGGGUACCGAAGAUGCAUUCCUUACAGCUAGCGACACUUUCCAGUUCUUGGCUACCAUGAAUCCUGGAGGAGAUUAUGGUAAGAAGGAAUUGUCUCCAGCAUUAAGAAACAGAUUCACAGAGAUUUGGGUCCCCUCAAUGGACGAUUUUAAUGACGUCAAGCAGAUUGUCUCUGCAAGAUUGAAGCCUAGAUUCUCCAAAGUUUGUGAACCUUUGGUUGACUUUGCUGAAUGGUUCGGUAAGAGACUUGGAAACGGAAACGCCAACAGCGGAGUGAUCUCUCUUCGUGAUAUUUUGGCAUGGGUUGAGUUCUUGAAUUCAUGCGAAGACUCCAUUCUCCCAGAAGCUGCAUUAUUGCACGGUGCUUCUAUGGUUUUUAUUGAUGCACUUGGAACCAACAACACAGCAUAUUUGGCUGAAAACGAAGAGACUUUAGCUCGUCACAAAAAAGAAUGUAUUGCGCAGUUAUCAACUCUUGUGAACAUGGACUUGUCGCAGUAUCUUGAAGGUUCCAACAUAACUGUAAACCUCACUACUUCCACAUUGGAAGCAGGUGUGUUUCAGAUUCCUCGGUUGCCAAAUCAGGAAUGGAACGAUCCAUUCAACUUGCAUGCCCCAACCACUGCAGCCAAUGCCAUGAGAGUGGUUCGUGCCAUGCAAGUGCCCAAGCCUAUACUUCUUGAAGGUAGCCCGGGUGUUGGAAAGACAAGUUUGAUUUCUGCUAUUUCGAAAGCAACUGGAAACCCGUUGAUCCGUAUAAAUUUGUCAGAGCAAACUGACUUAAUUGACUUGUUCGGUUCGGAUGCACCAGUGGAAGGUGGCCAGACAGGAGAGUUUGUAUGGAGAGAUGCUCCUUUCCUCAGAGCCAUGAAAAAUGGUGAAUGGGUUUUGCUUGACGAAAUGAACUUGGCCUCUCAAUCCGUCUUGGAAGGUUUGAACGCCUGUUUGGACCAUAGAGGUGAAGCUUACAUUCCUGAAUUGGACAGAUCGUUCCCGCGUCACCCUGAUUUUAAGGUUUUCGCUGCUCAGAAUCCUCAAUAUCAAGGUGGAGGAAGAAAGGGUUUGCCUAAAUCGUUCGUAAACCGUUUCACAGUGGUGUAUGUUGAUAUCUUGAAGCCUGAAGAUUUGACAAUGAUCUCGCACCAGAUCUUCCCUAACGUCCCAAAGGAUGACUGUGCUAAGAUGAUCACUUUUAUGGCCUCCUUGGAAGAGCAGGUAGUCACAAAGAAAGCAUGGGGAACCUACGGUGGUCCUUGGGAAUUCAACUUACGUGAUACCAUGCGUUGGUUAGCAUUGUACAACUCCAAACACAACUUGGAGUCUAAGCAGGACGCCUCUCUCAGUGACUUCUUGAAGAUGAUUGUUUGUCAAAGAUUCCGUACUUUCGAUGAUCGUGAAAAUGCUGUCAAGCUCUUCGAAGGCAUUUUCGGCCCUCAGAACAUUAAGGACUCCUUCUACUCUCUUGGACCAGAUUAUGUUCAGUCGGGAGGUUCUGUUAUCAAGCGUAAUGACCUCAUUCAAUUUUCCAAUUCUACUGAUAAGGUUAGUUAUGUGCCUUUGCAAACAAACUUUGAUGUGCUUGAGUCCGCCAUCAGAAGUGUGAACGAGAACAUCCCAUUGAUCUUGACCGGUCCUACUAACUCCGGAAAAACUGAGACUAUUAGAUUCCUUGCUAACGUGGUGGGUGUCAAACUCGUGGAAUUUGCUAUGAACAGUGACGUCGACUCAAUGGAUAUUUUGGGUGGAUAUGAACAGGUCGAUCUCACUAGAUCCCUCACUGAAAUCAUUUCAUCUGUGCACAGUGUGCUCAACCUGUUGAUUGUGAUCAACUUGCAACAACACGAGACCGAAAAUAGCCUGCUUGCUGCUGCCUUGGGGUUGAUUCAGUACAUUGAGGAUGUCAUGAUCGGAACCAACAACUUUAAUGAAUUCUUGAAACGUUUCAUGGCUUUCCUCUCGAUGUACUCCAAUGAAGAGUUAUCUUCCCUCCUCAGGAGAUGUCAAGAGUUGGGAGCGCGUCUUCAGGAAGCUUCCACUGUCAAAUUCAAGUGGUUCGAUGGUUUGCUCGUCCAGGCUGUCUCCAGAGGUGACUGGUUGGUAUUGGACAAUGCUAACUUGUGUAAUCCUUCUGUGUUGGAUAGACUUAACUCUUUAUUAGAGACCAACGGUACUCUUAUAAUUAACGAGUGCAGUGAAGAGGAUGGAUCUCCUAGAGUUUUGGAACCACACCCCAACUUCAGAUUAUUUUUGACUGUGGAUCCUAAGUACGGCGAACUUUCCCGUGCCAUGAGAAACAGAUGUGUGGAGGUGUUCUUGAAUGGUCUCGAAGAGAGAGCUACCUCUUUUGAUAAACUCUGUCUUGGAAUGGAGAGAAGUAUAAUGGCCAGCACCACCAAUUCAGAAAUUGAAAACAUGAUGGAGAACUUAGAGGUGGAGGAAGUCAGCUCCACAGCGAAGCCCAUGACAUCUUUUAUUUCAUGUACUGACUCCAAAUUGAGAAACAUCGUUGCUGUUCAUGACGCUAUUGACCUUAACAACGAAUCUGUUGUUUCUAGCUCUUUAGCUGGAGUUUUAAUCUUGUCUCACAUUUUCUCUUUUAGUGAUUGGGUUCGCACUGCUAUUUCAGUGUCUGAGUUUUCCCAUGCGGAGAAAUCUGCCCUCGAGGAUACGGAGAAGUUAGUUCAGGGCUUGAACGAUUGUGGGUUUGUGGAGAACGCUAAGAACAUGUAUGAUUCAACAAAUGUGUCUGAAGUUGUUAGUAAUUCUUUCAGCUCAAACCAAACCACUCAUCCACUUAUCAACUGCUACAUCUUGGGCUAUAUUGAGAAAUAUGCUCCAGCUGUGGAUAAUGCAGAGCCGGCAAUGCUUCUCCAAGUAGUUUCUGGGGCCAUUAGAGCAAAUUCGUUCUUGAGUUAUGUCGAAAACAAGGCACUUCAUGGAAAGGCAUCCGAACUCUCGUUUAUUGAACUGUCGGCUGCAAAGAGCCUUGGAAGAGAAUUGAAAAGAGCCCCUAAGAUUGAUAUUUACAGUUACAUCAAGGGUGUCAAUGUUUUCAUUAGCUUGGUUAUUGGUGAAUCAAUGAAGAAGGAUAACUUCUUCCAGGAAGAGACCUUGUACUCUGAAAUCGCUGAAUUGCAAUCUCUCUGGUUCAGCCUAUUGGAGGUCUGCACUUCGCAGAACAUUUCGAAGUUGAGAGUCUUCCAUUCUAAGUUAUCCUCUUGGUUCGAAAAGAACAGCAACGUUGCGAUCAUUUCGCAGUUUUCUAGUCAGAUCAACUCUUUGGAUCUCGGUCUCAAGUUGACUUCUGGUUUCUCCAUGGCCAAAAUCUGGGAGAAAUUCAGACAGAUUUAUCCUGACUCCGAGGUUUCUUGGGAGAACUACGUGAGCCUCUUGACUCUAUUGAACGAUUUGGACUCUUUGUCUCACAAACUUUAUCCCGAGACUUAUGGUGAAGUGUCGUUGCUCAGGGCACAGAUAUUAUCUAUCCAUGAUGAUAUCAUUGGCAACGAGUUGAAGUCGGAGGAGCUCACAGAAUUGUUCGAGUCUCUCUCAACCGCCAUGAAGAAACUCAGUGAACUCAGUGAGACUUUUGUAAUCCAACGAAACAACGAGUUCCAACAAGAGUUUACUUACUUGUCUAAUUUCUUGGAGGUCAGUGCGUUGUUUGGAGAGAAGAAUUUUGACAAGCAGAUGAUUUUGGCCAAUUAUACCUCCAAAGACUCGUCUGCGUUCAUUCACGAUUCCAAGAGUGCUACUUUCACUCCAUAUCCGAGAAUCUUGGAUUCCUUCUGGAAUACGGAUGGCUCAAAAUCCCUUGUUGGUGCAAUCUUCACCAAUGAACUUUUAUCGUCGUCUUUGACCAAAUCUGUCAGGCUCGAGUUGUGUCCAGGCAAAUACCUUGACCAAAACUUGACAGACAUGAAGACUUUAGGAAAGGAAAUUAUUGAGGGCUCCGUAUCCAUUCUCGAGAAUCAACAGGUGAACUUCCGCCGAUUGGUUUUGAAAUGGUUUUUCGAUGUUAUCGAUGCUCAUGGCGUCACACUUGAGGAAAAGAACGCUGAAACCUUAUCAUGUGCAGAUAUUGAAGAAUUAGUGAAGUUCAUCAACGAAUCUAUUGAACCUUCCGUUGCAUCCAUUUUCAAUGACUACUUCUUACCAGCUUUGUACCUUGCAACCGCUUCCUUGAAUCUUUCUGACCUCGGUAAAGCUUGGGUGUUGUUCUCCAGUGGAUGUAUUCAGCUAUUUGUUCCAAGUUCUCCGUUGGACCCUGCAAUUGAGGAGCAUGUUGCCUACGAUGUUCUCGAGAGCCAAAAGAAAGUUGCACAAAGUCUUGUUGAAUCCUGGAGAAAGGUUCGUAGUGUGAUUAGUGGAGACAAUAAGUUGCAGCUUGAAGAGUACUUGCCAGAUUCCAGUGAAACGAAGCUCACUCAACCACGUGUUUACAGAAAGAAUGAGAGCAUUGACGAGCUCUUCGAGGAAUGGAAUGCAUUCAUGGAAUCUUCCAUUGACGUUGAACCAAUUAAGAACUUGUUGGCAGCAGCUGAGCAUGCGCUGGAAGAACGAAACGCUCAAAUCAUAGGAAUUUUCCAAAAAAAUUCUUCCAACUUCAUGAUGCGUUUGGGGUCCAAGUAUUUUAUUUAUGCUGACUUGAACGACAUCUUGAACGGCUUCAUCAAGGGUGUUAAAUUGGGUUUGGACAUUCUCACCACUAACACUAAGCAGCAGGAUGCUAAAUUCCAGAUCUCUUCCAUGUGGCCUGUGGAUUUGACCAACUUAUUGAGUCCACAAAAGCUUGAAUCAACUUUCUUGACUGUCAAGAGCAUGAGUAAGAGUAUGGACGUUGGCUCACUGAUAAGUGAAAAGCUUAUGGUUUACAUUGUGGGAUUAUGCUUCAUGCAAAAGUCCAGUACCAAAGACUCAGCAUUGAGCCUGGUGCUCAGCCAAGCUCUUCAAUCGCUCUAUUACAGAUGGUAUUAUCGUCGCAUGAAGGCGGAGGAGCAGGCUGCUCAACAAGGUUCACUUUAUAAACACAAGGACACUGACGAUGAGGAGGGUGAUUUCAGAGAACUAUUCCCAGACUAUGAUGAGGUGAUGGACCUUAGUGCUCAGGAUCUGAAGAAAACGGAUGAUUUCGAUGAAGUUUACUACGAAAUUGUCGAUCUAUAUGUCAAUCAUUUUUUGCAUGGCACUUCGUUGUCUUUAGAGAAAAUAAGUGCCAAGGGAUCCAGAUUGUGUGCUGAUUUGUCAGCCUUUAAGAACACUGCUCUGGAUGCCAACUCCUCCUCGUAUUUAUCUGCUUUGAUUUUGGGUAUUCAGAAUUCGUUUGAGGUAUACUCAGUCAACACUGAUAUAGAGGUAGAUUUCUACCAUGAUGCUCAUCCUGCCGAGUAUAGACGAGCCAUGAAGACCAUUCUAUCUCUUUACAGUGGAGUUGCAAAACUUUUGAUGCAGUGGCCAGAGCACGCUACUUUGCAGAGUAUUUCGAGAUCCGCUGAGGAAUUUCUCAGUUAUCCAUCGAACUAUCCAUUAGCUAAGUUGUUGCACAAAAUUGAGCUGAUUUUCAACUUCAUGAACGAGUGGGAAAAAUUUGCUUCAAGCCAGGUGACAUUGAAAAACCACUACGAGGAACUCACUCAACUCAUUGUUUCAUGGAGAAGAUUGGAGCUUUCGUCUUGGAAAUGUCUUUUCCAGUUUGAGAAGUCCAACGUGGAGAAGGGUAUUGGCAAGUGGUGGUUCCACUUGUUUGAAUCCAUUAUCGUUCCAUUCAUUCAAUAUCAGGAUGAAUUGACCGAGAACGAAGACUCCGAUAAGCCUUCGGUGGUUCAAAUCUUGGCUGCACUCAACAUUUUCAUGAGUGAAACCACUUAUGGAGAGUACAUCGCAAGAUUGAAUUUAGUAAAGGCAUUCAAAAACCACAUCGCCACUCUCAACUUGAAUGACGGAGAAGUCUACAAUGCACUUUGCAACCUCAUAACGUUCUACGAGCAGUUUGUUCCAAAGAUCGAAGACGCAAUUGCGCAGACACAGAAAACUCUCGAAAAGGAUGUUUCUGAAGUUAUUCUUCUUGCAAGUUGGAAGGAUGUAAACAUCGAUGCUCUCAAACAGAGUUCUCGUAAGUCUCACAACAACCUUUACAAGAUUGUGAGAAAGUACCGUACAUUGUUGAACCAGCCAGUGUCUGCCAUCAUUCAAGGUGGCGUCCCUGAAGAAACGAGGGUGAUCAUCGAUGAAGCGACAGUCAGAGUUGUUGAGCCAGUUUCCAAGACGAAGGAAGAGAAAUUGGCUAUCUUGAAGUCCUGUAAUGCAGUUGCAACUUGGUCUGAGAGACCAAAUAGAUUGAAGAACAUGGAUACUAUUGAAAACAACAUGAAGAUAUAUGUUGACAAGAUCGCAAAAUCCGAUGCACCAUCCCUUUACGACUAUGCCAAAGAGGUCAUCGAGGAGAUGAAGAGACUUCGUGACGAGACGCCUAAGGUGAUGAACGACGACACCAAGAAGACUAUUGCGGCAUUGAAAACUCAGAAGCACAAAUUAUUGAGUGAAACAUUGAAGGAACUCAGAAGAAUCGGCGUAAAGACGUCCAUCAAGCCUGGUGUGAAGAAGGUUCUCACUACAGUUAACCUCAUCUUUGCGAACUCCGAAACUUUUGAGGAUUCUUUGUUGCAAGGCUCAGAUCCAUAUUACUUCCGAAUUCUUGAUAUUCUUCCUAGAUUGAGAAGUGCUAUUGCUGGAGGAAACGACGACAUUCCACAACCUGAUCUCGAAAGAGGACUCGCUGCUACCGAGAACUUAAUUUUCUCUUUGUUAACCACGAGAAAGCCGCUUUGCGAGUUGGCAGAAUCUGUAAAAACGGUUAGAAACGUCUAUUCAACUCUUCAAAGUGUUGCCGACAAUGAAACAGGUGAUUUACAACCAACAUCCGUGGUUGAAUCGAUUGCCCUGAACUUGGAUCAACUGAGACAGAUGUCAAUGUACUUGUGCAAGUAUUUGGAUUUCUCUCUCAGUGUGUUGGGUGGAAUUUCACUUCUCUAUAAGACUGUCCCUGGUGAUGUUUUCUCUGUCACCAAGAGCAAGCUUGAGAAGUAUAUUGACGACUUUCCCGAGAAUACAGUUUUCACCAACAAAGAGGCUACCACAAUUAACACAUUCAAGACAAUCUUGAUUGAGUUGGUGGAUAGUUUGAAGACAUGGAAGGUGCAGAACCCUGCUGCAGCCUUCGUUGCUGAUGGCCUACUUGAGUGGAUUGCCAAGUGGCCUUACAGGCCAUUCAUCAACACCUCAACUUCAUUGAAAGAAAUCAAGACCAUUGAAGACGUUGAAAUUUCGUUGAGAAAGCUCUCGAACUCCAUUCUUAUUGCUGUCCAACAAGUGUUGGAGCUCACUAAGGAAGAAGUCACCGAUGAUGACGAUGAAUGGCUCGCUAAUUCACAGAAAACGCUCAUGUCUUCAAUCAAGCUGUUGCACCACAAGAAAAUCGUGGAAACCAUGCUUUUUUGCAAGCAACAGAUUGAGCAGAUUGAGUACAACUCCGAAACUUCGGCUAUUGUUUCCGCUUUGGUUGCCUGGACUAUGCCAUUGGUCAGUCAGUACCAGAAGCUUGUGUUGACAAUUUUAGAGAGGGCUAGAACCAACUACGUUCAUUUAUCUAGAGCUACUCAUGCUAUGGCUAAAUCACUCCAUACUUUGGCAACAGAAGGUUUUUGUUCUCCAGAACCGCCAAGCGAACAAAAGCAGGAUAACAACUUGCACGAUGGUACCGGACUUGGAGACGGAGAAGGUGCUACAAACAACUCGAAAGAUGAAGAAGAAGACGAUGACUUAGCGGAGCAUGCUCAACAACCUAAUGAGGACAAGGACAAAGAUGACAACGAGGACGAUGACGAUGAUGCAGUUGAUAUGGAAGGUGAUAUGGCUGGUGAUCUCGAGGAAACAUCGGACCAAGAGAAAGACGAAGACGAGAAAGAUGGUGAUGAUGAAGAGGAGCUUGAUGAAGAAGUGGAUGACAUCGACGACCUUGAUCCUAAUGCAGUUGAUGAAAAGAUGUGGGACGAAGAGGCAAAGGAAGACGAAAAGGAGAAGGAUUCUGACAAAAUGCCUCAGAAUUCUACAAAUGAUGAUGAUAACAUGGAAGCCAACGAAGAUGAAGAAGAGUCCAAAGACAACAACAAUGAAAAUGGCCAGGACGAUGAAAAUAACGAUGAGAAUGACGAGAAUGACAAUGAAAGUGGCGAUGAUGAGGAAGAUGUCGGUGAGCAGGAGGAUGAGGUCAAAAACCAAGAAAAUGAACAGAUGGAUGACUUUGUUCCUGAGACUGAGACCUUGGACUUGCCAGAGGACAUGAAUUUGGACGAUGAACAAGAUAAAGAAGGCGACGAGGACGAAGAGGAAGAGUUUGAAGACAAGAUGGACAUGAGUGACGAUGAAAAGGAUGAUAAAAAGGAUAGUAAGGCCGAGGAAGAGGCUGUUCAAGAAGAAGAAGAAUCAGAAGGUGAAGAAAAUGGUGAGGAGAAUAAUGAAAUGGAAAACGAUGAAGAAAAUGAAGAAAAUGAAGAAGCACAGGAAGAAAAUGAAGUCGGAGGAGGGGAAAUCGACGAGGAAAACAAUAUUGAUUCUGAUGAAGAUGCUGCUAAAGCUCCAGAAGAUGAAGAUGACAAGCCUGAGGAGAACGACGAAGCCGAUAAUGGAGAAGAGGCAGCUGAAGGUGUCGAGGGUGCUGAAAAUAACAACGACGAGGAUGUUGAUAUGGAUUCAGCAACCAAGACCGAAGCUGGCGAGAAGGGCGACGGUUCAGACAACCAAGUGAUUGAAGAACAGGACGAUAUUGGUGCUUCUGGAGGAGCCAGCUCGGACAUGAAGCAAGAAGAGGAUAGCAAGGACGAAGCUCCCAAUGAAGAUUCUGCUAGGGAUGAGAUGAAGGAGUCAUUGAAGCAGCUUGGAGACUCGUUGAAGGAAUUCCACCGUCGUCGCCAGGAAAUCAAAGAAAGUUCUCAGCAAGAUAAGAAAGAGGAAACUGAGGAUAAGGCUAACACCAAACCCGACGAGUUUGAGCAUGUGGACGGAGACAACACUAGUCACGAUACUCAAGCCCUCGGUGCUGCUGACAAUAAAGACCAGGUCCAGAAGAUUGAUGAAGACAUGGCCAUUGAUGAUGAGGAUGAACAAAUCAACGAGGAAGAGAAGCCUACCGAAGUCAAGCAAGAAGACGAGAUGGAGGUGGAUGAAAAUGCCGAAGAGGUUCCUGAAAAGUCAGAGAAUGACUCCGAUGACUUCGAUGCAAAGUCUAAAGGUGCCGUUGUUGGAGAACGAAAACGGUCGGAGGAGGAUGAAGACACCGACUUGAUUGCUAACGCAGAGUUCGAGGACUUGGAAGCCGAGAAAGAGUUGCGCAAUUACAAGGAGGAAGAAUAUACCAUCAACCAAGCGGAUGCUCCUGCCAUGGACAUGAACGAGGCUCGUGACUUGUGGAGACACAGUGAAGUGUCUACUCAAGAGUUGGCCUCGGGACUUAGCGAGCAAUUGAGAUUGAUCUUGGAACCCACAUUAGCUACCAAGUUAAGAGGAGACUACAAGACUGGAAAGCGACUCAAUAUGAAAAGGAUUAUUCCAUACAUUGCGUCAGAUUUCAGAAAAGACAAGAUCUGGCUCAGAAGAACCAAACCUUCCAAAAGACAGUACCAGAUCAUGAUUGCUGUGGAUGAUUCCAAAUCCAUGAGUGAAAGUAAAUCUACAGAGUUGGCUUUCCACAGUAUUGCGUUGGUAUCCAAGGCCCUUACUCAAUUAGAGAGUGGAGGGCUAUCGAUUGUGAGGUUCGGAGAGGAUGUCAAGUUGGUGCAUCCAUUCGACAAGCCUUUCAACCAGGAGAGUGGUGCCAAUGUGUUCCAAUGGUUUGACUUCAAACAGGAGAGAACCGACAUCAAGCAAUUGUGUACCAAAUCGUUGAAGAUCUUUGAGAAUGCUCGUGCCACAUCCAACAGUGACUUGUGGCAGUUACAGAUAAUCAUCUCCGAUGGUGUUUGUGAAGACCACGAGACCAUCCAGAGAUUGGUGAGAAAAGCUAGAGAAGAGAAGGUGAUGCUUGUGUUUGUUGUCAUUGAUGGUAUCACCUCCAAUGAGUCCAUAAUGGACAUGUCACAGGUGAGCUACGUUGCAGACCCUAUCACUGGAGCUAUGUCGUUGAAGGUUGAGAAUUACUUGGAUACAUUCCCCUUCGAGUUUUAUGUUGUGGUAAGAAACAUCUCCGAGUUGCCAGAAAUGCUUUCGUUGAUCUUGAGACAGUACUUCUCCGAGAUAGCUAAUAUUUAG